UAUGUCAGGGUCUCUUUACAACCACACUCAGGUGGACCUCUGUUUGAUUAAGUCCAGCUCUUAUAGCAUUUAAGAUCUCAGCUACUCCCCCCAUAUCAAUCAAUCUCAGCCUCACUGAUCUAGAAACGCAACCAUGAAUUCUAGUCAAUAUUGGUCUAAGAUCACAGCAUUGCUCAUCUUUCUUCUUCAUCUCCCCUCUUGCAUUUCCAUUGAUUCCAUUACAUCAAACCAAAUCAUCAAAGACGGCGACGUUUUAGUCUCGAGCAGAAAGCGCUUUGCACUUGGGUUUUUCAGCCCUGGAAAUUCUGGCAAACGUUAUGUUGGAGUUUGGUAUAACAAAGUUCCGGAGCAGACCAUUGUUUGGGUUGCAAAUAGAGACAAUCCUGUGAAUGGUACCUCUGGAGUUUUAGUGAUUGAUGGAGAUGGAGGCCUUGUCAUAUAUGGAAAGGACAGAACAAUCCCUCUUUGGUCUGCUAAUGUUACUCUCUCUUCUCCAAAAAAUUCCACGGCCAAGCUGCUGGAUACAGGAAAUUUUGUUUUGUUUCAGAAUGGAAGCCAGAGGGUUUUGUGGGAAGGGUUUGAUUAUCCCUCAAAUACAAUGCUUCCAUUUAUGAAAAUUGGGCUGAACCGGCGGUCCAGGUUCAACCGGUUCCUAACUUCUUGGAAAUCUCAAGAUGACCCGGGAACGGGAAAUUGUUCAUAUAGGAUUGAUCCAAAUGGGUUUCCGCAGCUGUUUUUGUACAAGGGUCGAGCUCCCUGGUGGCGCGCCGGAUCUUGGAUCGGGCACAGAUGGAGUGGUGUCCCCGAAAUGACUCCAAAUUUCAUCUUCAACGUUAGUUUUUUGAACAAUCAAGAUGAGUUAUCCAUCAUGUAUGGUAUUACCGACGACUCAAUCUUCUCAAGGAUGGUGCUUAAUGAAUCGGGAAUCGUUGAACGGUCCACGUGGCAUGAUCAGGUACACCAAUGGAUCAAGUUUUGGUCUGCCCCAGUAGAGCUAUGUGACAACUACGGAAAAUGCGGUCCAAAUAGCAACUGUGACCCUUAUCAUGCUGAUAAGUUCGAGUGUACAUGCCUACCUGGGUUUGAACCUAAGUUGCUCCGUGAAUGGUACUUGAGAGAUGGCUCGGGUGGGUGUGUGAGGAAAAAAGGAGUAUCCGUGUGUCAAAACGGAGAAGGGUUCGUGAAGGUGUCACUAGUAAAGGCACCAGACUCAUCUACUGCACGUGUAAACUUGAACUUAGGUCUGAAAGAAUGUGAAGAGGAAUGCUUAAGAAAUUGCUCUUGCAUGGCAUACUCGAAUGCAUAUGACUUGCAAGGAGGGAAUGGAUGUGUGACAUGGUAUGGGGACUUGAUGGAUACAAGGACUUAUACGAAUGCCGGUCAAGAUUUAUAUGUUCGAGUUGAUUCAAUUGAAUUAGCUAAAUACGCAAAGAAGUCGAAUGGUUCUCUUAGCAAGAAGGGGAAGCUUGCAAUUGCGAUAACAUCUAUUUUAGUGUUCUUUCUUGUGAUCUUUAUCGCAUAUUGGUCUGUAAAGAUGAAGAGAAAAGGUAAGGAAAGACCAAAUCUAUUUUCAUUUGGUGCCACACGUUCAAUCUACUUGGAAAAUUCUCCUUGUAGAACAGAUCCUGAUGAUAGCGGAUUAAAGUCAGAUCUGCCUUUCUUUGAUCUAAGCACCAUAUCUGCAGCCACAAAAAAUUUCUCCAAUUCGAACAGGCUUGGAGAAGGCGGUUUUGGCCCUGUUUAUAGGGGUGUGCUUUCUACUGGAACAGAAAUAGCCGUGAAAAGACUAUGCAAGAAUUCUGGCCAGGGAAAUGAAGAGUUCAAGAAUGAAGUGCUGCUGAUUGCUAAACUUCAACACAGGAACCUUGUGAGAAUGUUAGGUUAUUGCGUUCAAGAUGAAGAGAAGAUGCUAAUCUAUGAAUACCUGCCUAACAAAAGCCUGGACUCUUUCAUUUUCAAUGAAACAAAAAAGGCAUUUCUAGAUUGGGCAAGACGCUUGGAGAUUAUCUUUGGCAUUGCUAGAGGGAUCUUAUAUCUUCAUCAAGAUUCGAGAUUAAGAAUCAUUCAUAGAGACCUAAAGGCUAGCAAUGUUCUACUGGACUAUGAUAUGAACCCCAAAAUUGCAGAUUUUGGUAUGGCUAGAAUAUUUGGAGCAAACCAAAUUGAAGCAAAUACAAAUCGCGUAGUUGGAACAUAUGGUUACAUGUCACCUGAAUAUGCAAUGGAAGGAUUGUUUUCAGUGAAGUCUGAUGUAUACAGUUUCGGUGUUUUGCUGCUAGAAAUCAUUACUGGUAGAAAGAACACCGGGUACUACUAUGAUAAUCCUGAUUCAAAUUUGGUUGGACAUGUUUGGGACUUGUGGAAAGAAGGCCGAGCUUCGGAAAUCAUCGACACAUCUUUGGGUGAAUCCUAUCCCAUAAGUGAAGUUCUACGGUGUAUUCAAAUCGCGCUUCUGUGCGUGCAAGAGUACGUAGACGACCGACCGACCAUGUCAAAAGUUGUGUCCGUAUUAGGCAACGAUGCAGCUCUUCCUUCACCAAGAAAACCUGGAUUUUUGUUGAAGAGAAGUAACUAUACCAGUGGAGACCCCAGCACAAGUACUGGAGAUGCUAAUUCCAUAAAUUAUGUUACAUGCACUAUAGUUGAAGCUCGCUAAAGACUUGAGGCUCCCUCUAAAACCUAGCUUGUGUGUUAAGCAAAGGCUAGUGUUAAUAUUUUUGAUUACUAUAAAGUUGAUUACCUUAUAAACACCUCUAACGGUCA